AGGCGCUCCUGAAGUACUCCAUAUUGUGGUUCCUCAGCGUGUCGGGUGUUGCAGAGUUGUUUGUUAGUUUUUUACACGGUUUGCAGCUUUUAUUAUUCAAGAGAGGUCUGCGAUGGGCAUGGACAACCGUAUAGAGUGCAUAUUCUUCAGUGAGUUUCACCCCACGCUGGGUCCGAAGAUAACAUAUCAGGUCCCAGAGGAAUACAUUUCACGGGAGCUCUUUGACACAGUUCAAGUUUAUAUCAUCACCAAGCCAGAGCUGCAGAACAAAUUGAUAACAGUCACUGCCAUGGGAAAGAAGUUAAUCGGGUGUCCUGUGUGCAUUGAACAUAAAAAGUACAGCCGAAACGCUCUCCUGUUUAACCUCGGCCUCGUUUGUGACGCCCAGACGAACACGUGUGCCCUUGAGCCGAUUGUCAAGAAGCUGUCUGGGUACCUCACAACUCUGGAGCUGGAGAGUGGCUUUAUAUCAAACGAGGAGAGCAAGCAGAAACUUUUACCCAUCAUGUCGACCCUGUUGGAAGAACUUAAUGCCACAGGAGCCUGCACAUUACCUAUUGAUGAUUCCAACACGAUCCACCUGAAGCUGAUCCAACUGCGAAAGGAUCCUCCGAUCGUGCAGGAGUAUGAUGUGCCCGUCUUCACGCUGUGCAAAGACCAUUUUAUCAAAUCUCAGUGGGAUCUCACUACUCAACAGAUCCUGCCCUACAUUGAUGGAUUUAGACACAUCCAAAAAAUCUCUGCUGAGGCGGACGUAGAGCUGAAUCUGGUCCGCAUCGCUGUGCAGAAUCUCUUGUAUUAUGGUGUUGUGACCUUGGUGUCUAUAUUCCAGUAUUCCAACGUGUACUGCACCACCCCCAAAGUCCAGAGCCUCAUGGAUGACAAGUCCAUCCAGGAGGAGUGCCUCAGCUACGUCACCAAGCAGGGUCAGAAGCGUGCCAGUCUGCGAGAUGUGUUCCAGCUGUACUGCGGCCUGAGUCCAGGAACCACAGUGCGGGACCUUUGUUCUCGCUACUCACAGCAGCUUCAAAGGGUUGACGAAAGGAGGUUGAUCCAGUUUGGACUGAUGAAGUCUCUUAUUCGACGGCUGCAGAAAUAUCCGGUGAAGGUCAUCCGUGAUGAGAGGAGCAGGCUGCCUCGACUCUACACCGGUUGUCAUAGUUAUGAUGAGAUCUGCUGCAAAACAGGUAUCAGUUACCAGGAGUUGGACGAACGUUUGGAAAAUGAUCCCAACAUCGUUGUGUGCUGGAAAUGAUGCGACGAGACAGAGACUGAAAGAUACAGAGAUGCCUCUACCAAAGAUGCCUUUAGCAAGGAAUGAAAGCAGUAUUUUGUCAUUUUUAUAAGUUAGAUAGUUUUUUUUGUUAAACUAAUAUCAAGAACUGACAUACAUACUAUUUAGAUCAAGUGAGGAAUGUGAUAUUUAUUAAUAUUGUAUAUAAAUCUGAUUAAUAAAAGAGAUUACUGUACAGAUUUAAGUGACUU